GUAACUGGCGCAGCUUGGCUCGUUUACACGAACAUUGCCCAUGCUUUAUGCCUACUAAGCCCUGGGUUGGUUUCAUUUGAAAGCCUGACUUUUGUAGGCACAAAAGUGAUUGCAAGUACUGUACGUUUAAAGAGAAAUCUGAAAAUGUUGCCAUCAUUAACACGAAUUGCAACCGAAGGAUGUUGCAGACAUAUUCGUCCGGCUGGACAGCGUAUUCAGCGUCAGUUUCAGUCUGCAAGUGGUAAACGAUCAGCAUCUGUUGAUGCUGUAACAGAAUCACCAGAUGAACGAUUUGAAGGGAAGGCCUUGUAUCUUGACCAGCAGGCCACAACACCACUGGAUCCUAGAGUGCUUGAUGCCAUGAUGCCGUACUCAGUAGCAUACUAUGGAAACCCUCAUUCCCGAACUCACUCAUACGGAUGGGAGACGGAAGAUGCCGUAGAAAAAGCUAGAGCACAAGUUGCUCACCUUAUUGGUGCUGAUCCGAGGGAAAUAAUUUUCACCAGUGGAGCAACUGAGUCCAAUAACAUUGCAAUCAAGGGAGUGGGGAGGUUCUACAAGAGCAAGAAGAAACAUAUCAUUACAUCACAAAUCGAACACAAGUGCGUUCUAGACUCUUGCAGACAGUUGGAAGGUGAAGGAUUUGAAGUUACCUAUCUUCCAGUUCAGAAAAAUGGAAUUGUUGAUUUAAAGGAUUUAGAAGCAGCCUUCAGACCUGAUACAGUCCUGGCAUCAAUUAUGUUUGUAAACAAUGAGAUUGGUGUUAAACAGCCUGUAGCAGAAAUAGGAAAAAUGUGUAGGGAAAAGAAGGUUUUCUACCAUACGGAUGCUGCUCAGGCAGUUGGCAAAGUGCCAGUAGAUGUUAAUGAUAUGAAUAUUGAUCUGAUGUCUAUUAGUGGCCAUAAGCUGUAUGGGCCAAAAGGCAUCGGUGCUCUGUAUAUUCGUCGAAGGCCAAGGGUUCGAGUGGAACCACUUCAGAGUGGUGGAGGUCAGGAAAGAGGGAUGCGCAGUGGAACAUUACCAGCUCCGCUGGCAGUGGGCCUGGGAUCAGCUUGCCAAGUUGCAGGAGAAGAGAUGGAGUACGACAGCAAACGCAUUGCAGCUUUAUCAAAUCGUCUCCUAACCAAGAUUACAGACAAUCUAACACAUGUUAUUCGCAAUGGUGAUGCGUACGAGACAUACCCAGGAUGUUUGAAUCUGUCAUUUGCCUACGUGGAAGGUGAGAGUCUUCUGAUGGCGUUAAAGAGUGUUGCGCUGUCAUCUGGAAGCGCUUGCACAUCUGCGAGUUUGGAACCAUCAUACGUAUUGCGAGCUGUUGGUGCAGAGGAAGACCUGGCACAUUCAUCCAUAAGGUUUGGUAUUGGAAGGUUCACAACAGAAGAGGAAGUGGAUUACACAGCUGAACAAUGCAUUAAACAUGUCAAGGCUUUGCGUAAUAUGAGUCCUCUUUGGGAGAUGCUUCAGGAAGGAAUUGACAUCAAAGAAGUUAAAUGGUCGCAGCACUGAGUUACUUCUGUUAUUGGUGCAAUUACUGGGUUGGGUGUCAGUGUAUUUAUCAGUUGGGCUGUCUUACUUCCAUUGGACUAUCACUAUAAACUAUAACAUUGGCUAGGCUGUUCCCCUACAAACAUCUAGGUUGUCGGCUUUUUAGUAGUAAAUCCUUAAGUAUUGAUCAGUUAGGCUGUCUUCCUUCCAUUUGACUAUAAACUAUCACAUUGGCUAGGCUGUCAUCUUGCAUUCAGCUCGGCUGUAGGCUUGUCAGUAGUAUAAUCCUUAAAACAGUCUAAAUAAAUCCUGGUAAUUUGAUUCAGAUACCUAUAUUAUCGAACAUUACUGCAUGUGAAUAUGUUAUUGGUCAAACCAUACAUACAAUAACAUUCAAUCAGAAAUAAAUUUAAGAUGGGUGUAACAAUAGCCACCGCCUUUUUUUUUGAGGCUGUAAGUUUGAUAGAUUUACAGUAGAAGAUUUGUUAUGCUGCCCUCUAUUUGCACUAUAUAGUGGAUGGAAUUAUUUAAAGUACGGUAGAAGAUUUGUUAUACUGCCCUCCAUUGGCACUACAUAGUGGAUGGGAUUAUGUAAAGUACAUGAUACACUGAAUAGCAAUAAUAUUAAGCAGACUAUAGGAUUAUAAGUUUUUAUGUGAUGUAUUUGUGUUGUGUGCUUAUAUAUGGACAUGAUAUUGUCCAAAUUCAGACCUGUCAGGUCUCACACUGGCUUGCUUGAAGUUUCUUUUGGAUUUGCUUGAGAUUGGGCAUUUUUUGAAAAUUAUGCGCGAGGUCACAAACCUUUAGAAAAAUACAGUCAAGUGUCAAUAUAACAUACAUCUUUACAGUGAAUACAUUGAUACAAAUUGUCACUUUGAUAUCCCAUUUAGUUUUCUUCAGUUUUUUGCUGAGGCAGCGUCGAACACGGACAAUCACUACGGGAUCGCUGUUGUAUGCUUGUUUUGAGAAAAUAGCACAUUAAAAAAAUAUAAUUUGAAGAAAUUCUGGAAUGCGUGAGAAUAUGUAGGCCUCGCGUGAGGUCGCAGUUAAAUGCAUGGGACUCAAGAUGCGCAAGACUCGACAGGUCUGCAAAUUUGUACUGUAGUGUAGACAGGGGUUUAAAAAUAUUGUAAUGUAUACUAGUACAGCAUACAAAUAUUUACUGGGUUGAGUAGCAUUUAGUUCAAAAUAUAGAGUUAGACUGAGGUGAUCUGGACGCUUUACUAUGUAAAAUACAGCCUCCAGAUCACCAAGUGCUAUAUUUUGAACUAUGACCUGAUUAAAACCGUUAAUAUUUGUAUUAAUAGAUUGUAGGCAUUACAUGUCACGGCUGGAACUAAUGCCUGGAGUCUAUGUAUUCAGUAUAUAAUACCAACUACAGGGUGUUAACCUCGUAUAGUAAAAUUAAUUUCCUGUAAAAUGAUCUCACCAUUUUUUUUGGAAAAAAAAAGAUUACAUUAGAUGCAUUUGAAGUGAAUUUUAAAAACAUUUUUGUAUAACUACGGGUAAACUGCAUCAUUGAUGAUUAUUGAAAUAUGAUCAUUAUACAGUAUUAGUUAUUAAUAAAUACUGUAGGUUGAAUA